GCUCCAGUGGCUUCUCCGGCCGGCGCUUCACUGCGGGUGCUUCGAGUUCAUUUGCAUCUUCGCCGCUGGUUAUCGGGAAAUCUGGUCUUGCUGCAGCCGAUGCGGGCCGUGCAUUGUUGCCAAUGCCCGAAGCUGAUGCUAUGUUCUGGGAGGGAAAGUUGGAGAAGCGUGAAGUAGACUUGUCUGAGGUCGAGAUGAUGAAAGAGAGAUUCGCUAAACUCUUACUGGGGGAGGAUAUGUCCGGCGGAGGGAAAGGAGUUUGCACCGCGCUGGCGAUCUCGAACGCCAUUACGAAUUUAUCCGCUACUGUGUUCGGGGAACUGUGGAGGUUGGAGCCGCUGGCCCCACAGAAGAAAGCAGUGUGGAUAAGGGAAAUGGAAUGGUUGCUAUGCGUGAGUGAUUCAAUCGUAGAGCUCAUCCCAUCUCUGCAAGAGUUUCCAGGUGGCGGGACAUUUGAAGUGAUGGCAGCGCGUCCAAGACCUGAUCUCUACAUGAACCUUCCUGCGCUGAAAAAGCUAGAUUCCAUGCUCCUAGGGAUGCUGGAUGGGUUCCGGAAUACUGAAUUCUGGUAUGUUGAUAGAGGGAUAAUGGUUGCUGAUGCUAUUGAAGAAGGUGACGAGGGCUACCCUUCUUUUGGGAGGCCAUCACUGAGACAGGAAGAGAAAUGGUGGCUUCCAUGCCCACGAGUUCCUCCAAAUGGUCUGUCUGAAGAGACCAGGAAGAAGCUGCAGCAGUGCAGAGAUUGUGCAAACCAGAUACUGAAGGCAGCCAUGGCGAUCAACAGUGGGGUGCUUGCAGAGAUUGAGAUUCCUGAAGCCUACUUUGAAACUCUUCCUAAGAGUGGAAAGUCUUGUUUGGGUGAAAUUAUCUACCGUUACAUAACAGCUGAAAAAUUUUCAGCAGAAUGUCUUCUGGACUGCUUAGAUCUGUCGUCCGAGCACCAUUCUCUUGACAUAGCUAACAGAAUUGAGGCCGCCACGCAUGUUUGGAGUCUCAAAAAUCAGAAAAGAAAUUCUCAGCAUUCCAAGGGGAAAAAAUCAUGGGGAGGGAAGGUGAAAGGAUUCGUUACUGCUACAGAGAGAAGCCAGCUCCUGGCACAGAGAGCAGAAGGCCUUCUCAAGAGCUUAAAACUCCGGUACCCGGGCCUUCCUCAAACUCUCUUGGAUAUGAACAAGAUCCAAUACAAUAAGGAUGUGGGCCAGUCCAUUCUCGAAAGCUACUCCCGAGUCAUGGAGAGCUUGGCAUUCAAUAUAAUGGCGAGGAUCGACGACCUGAUCUUCGUUGACGAUUCAACCAAGAAAUUCAUCGGCUCCGACGAACACGCCAUGUUCAACAGAGGCGGCCGACUCGGUGGAUUACCGAUUCAGAAACGGAUCUCGCCCAGCCCAUUCUCGAUCCAAAGCACCCCUUAUGCCUCCCCAUUUUCCACACCAUUUUGUUCCUCCACUCCAAUCAAUGGAAGCCCCAGAAGAACAAGAUGGACCAAACCUGCUUCUGAAGAUGUAGAUAGAAUUUGGUCUUAUGCUGGAAAUCUGGGUGCCAGAAAAGAUAUGGCAUCUGCUCCUGAAAGAGACUGAAUUUUAAUGAAGUUCACUACUGAGGGUCACUGAAGAGGUAAUUUGAUAGAAUAUUAUAUUUUUAUUUUCUUGCAUUAUAUUGAUAAAUAUAAUUAAUUAGUUAGUUAAUAUUGAUUAGUAGUCUUGUAUUCUAUAAAUAGCUCGAUUUGAAGCACAUUGAGGUUCUCAAUCUUAGUUUCUUGUCUCUAUUUCUCUUCCAGCCAAUUUCUAGAGUUGUCGGCGUUCUCAAAUUGUCGAUUAUCAAGGUCUGAGAAACAAUAUUGUAUAAAUUGAUGGGCUAUUAUUAUAGAAUGCAAGGCUGCUAAUCAUUAUUAACUAACUGAUUAAUUAUGUUUGUUAAUCAAAUACAAGAACUAACAAAUAUGAUAUUCUAUCAUAGUUUUAUAUAAUACCCCUUUUUAGUAAUCCUUGCUCUCAUGUUAAUC